AUGUAUUUCUCUUCAAGCUUGCUAGCCACCGCCCUCGUGCUGGGCAGAAUUGCAGAUGCCGCACAGAACCAGCUUACUAAAGUGUCUGGGUUUACAGCUGGCCCAACGAAAGCUGGAAUGUAUAUUUACCUUCCAACCAAGAAAUUGAAUCCUGCACCAAUUAUCGUCGCUAUUCAUUACUGCACUGGUACCGGACAGGGUUAUUUCACUGGAUCCAAAUACGCAAAUCUUGCGGACUCAAAGGGAUUUAUUGUUAUCUACCCAAGUUCGCCAUCAAGCGGUGGAUGCUGGGAUGUUGCAUCGAAGACUUCCCUCACUCACGAUGCUGGUGGAGACUCCAAGACAAUCGUGAACAUGGUCGACUAUGCUGUCAAGAACUACGGAGGUGACAGAGAUAGAGUUUAUGCUACUGGAUCAAGUUCCGGUGCAAUGAUGACCAAUGUUCUUGCUGGAGCUUACCCAGAUGUCUUCAAGGCCGGUUCAUCCUACAGCGGUGUUCCAGACGGAUGUUUCUACGUCGCCAGCGCCACUGCAGGUAUGGCCACACCUGGAUGGAAUAACGACUGUGCGGGUGGAAAAUCCGUCAAGACAGCUCAGCAAUGGGGUGAUCUUACUCGCAGCUACUAUCCUAACUAUAACGGUACGAGACCUAAGAUGCUUAUCUGGCACGGAACCGCUGACAACACUCUUGGAUAUCCUAACUUUGCUGAGGCGCUCAAGCAGUGGUCUAAUGUUCUGAAUGUGCCGUUCACCAAGGAUAAUGCUAAUACCCCGCAAUCUGGAUACACGCAGAAGAUCUAUGGUGAUGGAACCAAGUUGAUUGGGUACUCUGGCCAGGGUGUUGGACAUACUGUUCCUAUUCAUGAGGAUGUUGAUCUUGCGUGGUUUGGUUUGUAG